AAAAUAUGCAACACGUUUGCUCAAUGGGUUUUACAGGACAAUGAUUUGUUUUUAUUAGUUUACAUGUACAGAUAAGCAAUUCACAUGCGUGAUGCAUCAUCAUCAGUCUCUAUACACUCUAGCACUCUCAAACAACAACACACACAGAAACAAGACCCGGUUAAUAUAAUCAUAUAUUUUCUUAGAUUUUCUUUCCAUAAGUUGAAAAUAAAGAAAAUGUGUUAAGUUAAUAUUAUUUUGAAGUCUGAGGUUGUCGGAUAACCUAUUUAUGGUUUAACAGACAAAAAAAAAAAAGGCAAAAGCGAAAAGAAGAGAUGUCCGGUGGUGAAGAAGGAGAAUCACUAGAGUUCACACCCACAUGGGUUGUGGCUGCUGUUUGUACAGUGAUUGUUGCAAUCUCACUUGCUGUUGAAAGAUUGAUUCAUUAUGGUGGUUUAUAUCUUAAGAAGAAGAAUCAGAAACCACUGUAUGAAGCCCUCCAAAAAGUUAAAGAAGAGUUGAUGCUUCUGGGUUUCAUAUCAUUGUUGUUGACAGUAUCACAAAACUUAAUCUCUAAAAUCUGUGUGUCGGAACAUGUGAUGACUAAUAUGCUUCCUUGUAAACUGGCUGAUAAAGGAGAAGGACACGAAUCCAAUUCUACCACAACAGCUGAGCAUUUUCAGAGGUCUUUUAUUACUAGCAUUUCUGGCACUGCCAGGCGUCUUCUGGCUGAAUCAGCAGAAUCCCAGAUGGGUUACUGUGCUAAGAAGGGUAAAGUGCCAUUGCUUUCUAUAGAAGGACUGCAUCAUUUGCAUAUCUUUAUCUUCGUCCUAGCCAUUGUCCAUGUCACUUUCUGUGUGCUUACUAUUCUUUUCGGAGGAGCAAGGAUUCGUCAAUGGCGGCACUGGGAGAAUUCGAUUGCCAAAGACCGAUAUGAUACAGAAGAAGUUUUGAAGAAAAAGAUCACCUCUGUCCAUCAACACGAAUUUAUCAAGGAUCAUUUUCUGGGUAUUGAAAAGGAUUCAGCUUUUCUGGGAUGGGUGCACUCUUUUUUCAAGCAAUUCUAUGCAUCUGUGACAAAAUCAGAUUAUAUAACUCUUCGACUAGGGUUCAUCACGACACAUACUAAGUCAAAUCCAAAGUUUAAUUUUCACAAAUACAUGGUACGUGCCCUUGAAGAUGACUUUAAGACAGUUGUUGGGAUAAGUUGGUAUCUUUGGAUAUUUGUGGUCGUUUUCUUAUUGCUGAAUGUUAAUGGUUGGCAUACAUAUUUCUGGAUAGCAUUCAUUCCUUUUGCCCUUUUACUUGCUGUUGGCACCAAGUUGGAGCAUGUAAUUUCCCAGUUGGCUCAUGAUGUUGCUGAGAAACAUGUAGCCAUAGAAGGGGAUUUAAUAGUCAAACCAUCGGAUGAUCACUUUUGGUUCCACAAACCCCAUAUUGUCCUGUUUUUGAUUCAUUUCAUCCUUUUCCAAAAUGCUUUUGAGAUUGCAUUUUUUUUCUGGAUAUGGGUUCAAUAUGGCUUCGAUUCCUGCAUCAUGGGACAAGUCAAAUAUAUUGUCCCCAGGCUAAUAAUUGGGGUGUUCAUUCAGAUACUCUGCAGUUACAGCACCCUUCCACUGUAUGCCAUUGUGACACAGAUGGGAAGUUCUUUCAAGAAAGCCAUAUUUGACGAGCAUGUGCAAGCUGGACUUGUUGGUUGGGCUCAGAAAGCGAAGAGAAAGAAAAAGGCAUCAACUGAUGGAUCCAACCAAGCAAGUUCUCAUGAAGGCUCUAUUUUGGGAAUUCAGCUGGGAAGAAUUGGGCGCAAUGCGUCCACUCCUGAAGAGAUUCAAUUUGCAGCUGGUUCUGAUGGGAAAAACUGACAAGUUUUCUUACAGCACGAGCUGUAUGUAGAAUAUAUAGAAAAACCAGUGGCUGAUAUAUAUUUAUUGUCAUGGAACCUGGAGUUGCACCUCUUGUAGAAUUAUUAUACAAGCUUUUGUAAGGUUCCAACUCUACUUUAGGCAUUGUCCAUCCAUCUGAUCAAAAUGUAUUUUGCCAUUUGAAUCAGACACAUCAAUUUGCUUGAGAA